GCUACGGCUACUUCACGCUGAUGGUGAACGCGGAGAUCGAGCAGCUGGUAGGGUCGGCGUUGGAUGACAUUCCCAUCGACGUGGACGCUGACAGCGACAUGGAGGGCAUCGAGUCCGAGAGCUACCCGCAGCUGCCCAAUGAGGACUGGCCGAGGAGUAAUGUGAGCAG